GAGGACAAAGGAUCCAUCCAAAGCCCACUGCUUGGCGGUUCAAAACCGCAGGACGAUCUUCACCUCCAUCGGCUUCUAUGCGAUCAGUUGUGCGUGUGGUUCAUAAAUUCAUUGGAAUUUAAGGGUGGACAGAUUGUUGGAAUUGAAGACUUCUUUGUUGUUGAAGACUGAAGAGGAAGAGCAUUAGUAAAACAAUUUUUUGUAUUGAAUACAAAUGGACAAAAAAACCAAGCUAUUCGAGGGGGCAUAGAAAAACAAAAUGACUUCUUUUUCUUAUUCUUUGAGUGUGACUUCGCCUAUCUUCUUCAACUCGUACAAGUAUUGCUCAGUUCCAUUCACAAGAACUGGCCAAGGAAGAAGAUUAAGGGCACCCGUGCCAAGACCAAAACCCAGACUAUUGGUUUGGGCUGUCCAAGAGAACCAAGGGCCUAGACGGUUAGUUGACAUCAUUCGUGUUUUGCCAGGUGCUUCUAGGAAUUAUUUCAGGAGUCCUUCGCGAAGGGCACUUUUUGGGGGCAUAGCUUUGCUGGGAGGGUUUUACGUGGCCCAGACGAUCUCACUCUCAUUUGGAGCUUUAGGGGUCAACGACGUGGUUGCUGCCGUGGUUUGUGUUUUGAUCACUGAGUAUGUGACCAGGUUCUAUUAUACUCAGCCUAAGCUCACUUUUCCGGUUGCCCUUUUGAACAAUUUUAAGAUGGGGUUUACGUACGGUCUCUUCAUCGACGCUUUCAAACUCGCCAGUUAGUUUUCAUUGUACAUUGAUGUGUGGCCUUUUCUCUCUUUUCCAAUUUUCACAUUUUGGAUACUAUGAUGAUUGUUUGAUACUCACUCCUGUCCGGAUUUAGUUGCUGCCUUUUUUAAAAAAUCAUUUUUUUGUAGAAAUGAGUUUUACAAAUCUUUCAAACGAGUUUGUCGAUUAUUUAUGUCAACAAUGUUAGCUAUGUUAGCUUUUGAAUAAAUUUUAAAACGUCAAAACUAAAUGUCACCGUUAAGUAGUAUUUUUAACAACAUUACAAAUAGAUGAAACAACGAAAGAAAGGAUGAAACGGAGCCUUAAUGAACCCAAUUAAAUUAUACUAUAAUUA